AUGGCGCCGGCAGAUACUCUGUCGCCGCCAGGCUCGGCGUCCUACUCCUCGGACACCAUGAAUGUUGGUGAUGGAACAUGGGACUUUACCAAGAACACUUUCCUACUACCCAACCUGGUGGGCCUCAAUUUUGAGACUAUGCGAUACAAUGGCAUGGGCAAUCGAUUUGCAACACUCACCCAGUAUCACAGCCUGGUCAAGGCGCACGGUGUCAUUGCCGUCAUCACAUUCCUCUUCAUUGUACCCAUAGCCAUCAUGAUGGCCCGUUUCUACAGGAGGCGGCCCGGGUUUGCCAUACGAUAUCAUGCCUACCUCCAAAUUCUAGCAGUCGGUUUAUCGACUGUUGUUUUCGUGCUCGGCUUCUUUGCUGUCGGCCCAAAACGAAGUCUGAGCAAUCCUCAUCACGGAAUUGGCGUCGCAAUUUACACGUUGAUCCUUCUGCAGGUCGUAGGUGGACGUUUGGUGAAGAACAUCAGGGGCCGUUCGUUGAGAGUGAUGAUCCACCAAUGGUCUGGACGAGCCAUCGCCAUCCUAGGUAUCGUUCAGGUGCCUCUUGGUCUAGCUCUUUAUGGCUCUCCAAAGUUCACCUUUAUUCUCUUCGCCCUCUGGAUGGCGUUCCUCGUGCUCCUCUACUUCAUAUUAGACUACCGCGCGUGGGACAGACCCGACUAUGUCAUUCGCGGUGGAAGAUCAGAGGCUGGGCGCACCGAAUACACGGAGCGUACUGAGCGCAAGUCGGGAGGUGGCAUGAUGCGCUGGUUGGGAACAGGAGCCAAAGUCGAUCUAGAGCACUGUCUCGUCAUCGAAGCCGAAGCCGCGGGCCUGAGGUGA